AUGAAUGGUCGUCUGGGUUUAGCUGCGUGGCGAUGGCUGUUCAUCCUCGACUUUUUGAUCAGUGUCCCAGUCGUCAUUCUUGGCCUUAUUGUUUGCCCUGGUAAGACAGAAGCGUACAUCAUACUAUUUGCGCUUGGCCUAACACGUCACUGGACAGAUGAACCGAAGUCCAAGAAAGUCUGGUGGAUUACUGAACAGGAGAGGCAGCGAUGUAUCCAGCGAAUGGCCGAUGAAGGCCGAGACGCUGGAAAUUUUCACUGGGAUCGUGCACUUAUCAAGCAGGUUCUGACAUCUUGGCAACUUUAUGCGUUUUGCCUUGCAUGGGCGUUCAUGGAACUCACUUGUGGUGUAAACCUUCAGCGAUGGAUGACACUGUGGAUCAAGUCUCUCCGAAUUGAUGGAAAGCCCAAGUACAGCACCGAGAAAGUCAACGCGAUUCCUACGGCGGUCGGAUGUACACUAUCAGAAUAG